CCUUCGAUGACGGUAUGCCACGUUUACCGCCUUCCAUGCAUACGAACCCGGGGACACUUCAUGGACACGGACACGGUAGCUCGCCGAUGCAUCGACCGCUCGGAGCCGGAUCGCUAUCGGGCGGCAUCCCACAUCCCGCGCGGACAACAGCAGAUCCGAUGAUGGGCAUCUCACCUCCCCGAUCCAAUCGCCUCCCGCCUCCUCCGAGUCCUUCAUCCGGCGUGCGCUCUCCCCCACGACUCGUCCACACCGUCCCGCCUCUCCCACCACCGCCGUACCCGACUGGCAUCGAGGCGGCAGCAGCGGGCAAGUCGGUGUUGGUUGUACCAAUCAGCCCGAGCACAACGAAGAAGCGGGCAUCGCCGCCGCCGACGAAGAUGACAAUAGUCGAUGGACUACCACCGCGCGCCUCUUCUCGAGUGGGUACGCCUCCGUCGUUGCCGCCACAUAUGAGUGGCACCGGCCCUGUGCCAUUACUGCCGCCGAGAACGGGAUCUCCUACCCUUUCGUCCUCGCAGACGGCCCACCAUCCGUCAAAUCAAAAUCAAAGUUUCCCUCACAUGGCGAUUCCCGUGCCUCGAUUAUCGAGUAUGGGCGGGCCCAUGGACGGUCCACCUCCGCCAAAGGUGGCUGUCGGCGAUAUAUCAUAACACAAGCGUAGUCUGCGAGUGUAGUUGGUGGCCUUGCUUGGGUACGAUUCUUUUGGGCUUUUUUUGAGCAUUGUCGCUAUGUUAUAUUAAUUGAAUCUGUUGUCUGGGCUGUACAGACUCUGUACAGCUGUAUAUUUAGUAGGUUACCCACUACGCCAGUGAACAAUGCUAUGCCAGCAAAAAAGUGCACUCGAGUCGGCUUACAUUGAUCUCGUU